GAUAUGUCGCAGCGUGCGAAUUCCUCAAUGGAAUGGAAACGUACUAUUUUCUCGCGAUGCCGGGUGUUUUCUUUGUUUUUCUUGUGCGCGUCUGGUUUUCCCUACUGCCCUUCGCUGGCGCGCAUGCCUUCCGCCGGCCCUCUGGAUGCUUCGGCGAUGCCCCGCUGUUCCUCUGCUGCAAGCCCGGAAUACCUCCUGCCGAUCGGUGGACACCAAUAGCCGGUACCGGACGCCACCGUCGUUGACCAGACGCUUCACCCUCCUUGCGGUUGGCUUUAUCCGCACGAGAGAGCGCGUGACGACGGCCGGCCACUCCUCGCGUUUGACGGACCGCCACCGUGAGUUGUCCGCCGACCUCGUCUGGGGCCACGAUGCCUGGCGCUGGAGCUCGGGCCGGCGCGCCUCCGCCCGCUCCCCUGGGCACGACGCCUGUCGGCCCAGCCUCGGACGCUCGCCCUGGCCGGGUUCCGGCCAUCGCCAAGGACCUCUCUCCCAUGGCUCAGGUGAGUGUUGUUCCGCGGCCUCGUCCUUCUUCGCUUCCGCCGUUGCUCUCGCGCCGUCAUCCGCUUCGCCGUCGGUCGCCACCUCGACUUCGGGUGCCGCCGCUGGGCCCUCCGCCGUCAGUUAUGUUGGCGUGUUCGUCGUACCCUCCGUCUGGACCACUGCCGUCCCCCCGGGCGCCUCCUCGGGCACCUCUUCGGCUGUGGGUGCCACCGCUGGGCCUGUUGACUCCUGUGGCCGUGCCCGCCGCCUCGGGUCCCGCUCGUCACUGGCGCGUGGUGCCUCCUCCCACAGUCGAGCCUCCUUCGCCUCUUGCCCGGGCUGCUGGGGCGCGGGCCCAGAGGCCCACGAUAUGUGCAGCGUUUGCACGUGCCACAUCAUGCCGUCUCGUACCGCGGAGCGCACCUCCUGCGAGACGAACGGCCCGAUGCCGGCUCCCUGUGGCCCGUGCCAGUGCUGCUGCUGCUGCUGCUGAUCCCCUUGGCCGCGCGCGUUGUCAGCCGACGGCCGACGCUGGAACAGCUCUUCCUCUGCC